AUGGCAAAUAUCGUGAAACUUCAGUUUCCGGCUCUCGAAAUAACUGGCGCAAAUUACACGGCAUGGAUCACAAAUAUGGAGCUUCAUCUAGAUUCGGAGAAAAUCUUCGAUACAAUAAAAGAAGGAAAUAAAUCAGCUUCUCAUGAAAAGGCUAAGGCUGUAAUAUUUCUGAGAAAACACCUAGAUGAAAACCUUACGCAUAACUAUGCAAGGAUAAAAGAUCCUCUAGAUCUUUGGAAAGCUCUAAAAGAGAGGUUCGAUAACCAGAAGAAAAUAACUUUUCCCCAUGCACUCGAUGAGUGGGUAAACCUACGGUUUCAAGAUUUUGAAAAGGUGGAAACAUACAAUUCCGCUAUAUUAAGGAUAGCGGCGCAAUUUGAAUAUUGCGGUAAGCCCGUAACAGAAGCAGAAAUGCUUGAGAAAACUUACCAAACGUUCCACAAAAAUCAUUAUGUUCUACAAGAACAAUACAGAAACCGCGGGUAUACAAGGUUCUCUGAACUCGCCAUGGCGCUCAUGAUAGCGGAGAAAAAUAAUGAACUCCUUAUUAAAAACCACAGUACCCAACCCACGGGAACCAAAGCAUUUCCUGAGGUGAAUGCAACGGAUGUGAAAAAUCCAGAAAUUGGAAAUUAUUAUCGUGGUCAUGGUCGUGGUCAUCGAUUUAAUCGUGGUCAUGAAAGGAGUUACAACCCAAGAGGAAGAGGAUCCAACACAUGGAAUCGAUCUGACCGGACAAAAGGGAAAGAAGCCCAAGAAAAUCCUACUCGUAAAAACGAGAACAUCUGUUACAGAUGUGGAUCGAAGGGACAUUGGUCUCAAGUAUGCCGAACUCCUCAGCAUCUGUGUAAGUUGUACCAAGAAACCAUCAAAGGCAAGGCAAAAGAAGCGAAUCUUAAUGAACACUUUGAGGAAAUGGAUAAGAAAACAAAUGAAACAACAGCUAAGCAAAUUGGUAGAGAAGUUUGCAUACCAAAUAGUGGUACAACACACACUAUACUGAAAGGUCCUACAGAAUUGAUCGAAGGAAUUGGCAAAAUUGGCAGAAUCGUUAAUCAAACGGCUGCAACUGAUUGCAAGGCCAUUGAUCAUGAGAUCAAAACUUCCAACCUCUGUAUGGGGACAUGCAAUAUUGCAUGCAGAAGCACUCAUUCGGAUAAGACCAAGUGCAUAUCAUAG